CCCAAGGGGGCUGGGGGCCUGGGCAGCCACCCCCGCAUCAAUGGGGGGCCUCCUGGCUGGGAAGCUGGGUUGAUAAGACCAGGAUCCCCCUGGCCCCACAACUGUGCUGGCUGUCUGAGCCGCCAGGACCAUGAGGGCCACCUCUGGCACCAGCCUUGUGCUCUGCGGCCUGCUGGUGCUGCUCCAGGCCCCACGAACACUUGGCCUCACCCCCCAAACCAGAGGGCAGCUCUGCCGGCCCCGGCCCACAGACCUGGUGUUUGUUGUCGACAGCUCGCGCAGCGUGCGGCCUGUGGAGUUUGAGAAGGUGAAGGUGUUCCUGUCCCAGGUCAUCGAGUCUCUGGACGUGGGGCCCAAUGCCACGCGGGUGGGCCUGGUCAACUAUGCCAGCACUGUCAAGCAGGAGUUCCCUCUGCGGGCCCAUGGCUCCAAGGCCGCUCUGCUGCAGGCUGUGCGCCACAUCCAGCCGCUGUCCACGGGAACCAUGACCGGUCUGGCUGUCCAGUUUGCCAUCACCAAGGUCUUCAGCGAUACCCAGGGCAGACGCACCCGGUCUCCUGACAUCCGCAAGGUGGCCCUCGUGGUGACUGACGGGAGGCCUCAGGACAGCGUGCGGGACGUGUCUGAGCGGGCCCAGGCCAGCGGCAUCGAGCUGUUCGCCAUCGGCGUGGGCCGCGUGGACAAGGCCACGCUGCGGAAGAUCGCCAGCGCGCCGCAGGACGAGCACGUCGACUACGUGGAGAGCUACAGCGUCAUCGAGAAGCUGUCCAAGAAGUUCCAGGAGGCCUUCUGCGUGGUGUCAGACCUAUGUGCCACAGGAGACCACGACUGUGAGCAGAUGUGCCUCAGCAUCCCAGGCUCCUACACUUGUGCCUGCCGAGAGGGCUUCACCUUGAACGCUGACGGCAAGACCUGCAAUGUCUGCAGCAGUGGCGAGGGCAGUUCAGCCACUGACCUGGUCUUCCUCAUUGAUGGCUCCAAAAGCGUGCGGCCGGAGAACUUUGAGCUGGUGAAGAAGUUCAUCAGUCAAAUUGUGGAUACGCUGGACGUGUCGGAUAAAGCUGCGCAGGUGGGGCUGGUCCAGUACUCGAGCUCUGUGCGCCAGGAGUUCCCGCUGGGUCGCUUCCACACCAAGAAGGACAUCAAGGCGGCUGUGCGGAACAUGUCCUACAUGGAGAAGGGCACCAUGACGGGGGCUGCCCUCAAGUACCUCAUUGACAAGUCCUUCACUCUGUCCAGCGGGGCUAGGCCUGGUGCCCAGAAGGUGGGCAUUGUCUUCACUGACGGCCGGAGCCAGGACUACAUUAAUGAUGCUGCCAGGAAGGCCAAGGACCUUGGCUUUAAGAUGUUUGCUGUGGGUGUGGGCAACGCCGUGGAGGACGAGCUGAGGGAAAUUGCCUCAGACCCCGUGGCAGAGCAUUACUUCUACACAGCUGACUAUAAGACCAUCAACCAGAUCGGCAGGAAGUUGCAGAAGAAGAUCUGUGUGGAGGAAGACCCAUGUGCCUGUGAGUCCAUUGUGAAAUUCCAGACCGAAGUGGAGGGGCUGCUGCAGGCCCUGACGAGGAAACUGGAAGCUGUGAGUAAGCGGCUGGCUGUCCUGGAGAAUGGAGUCGUUUAAGGCCACCUGUCCUGCGCUGCCUCUCCGUCUCCCCACCCUGAGCGCAGCUCAGAGUCCUGCGUGGCCCCUAAAGUUCCGUUCUGCUUUGCCAUUUCCGUGAGGGGUGUCUGGGAUGGUCGGGUCCUGGGACCGCCCCAGACAGCUCCCUCUCUGUCCAGCCUGCGAGCCCCGGGGGCGUGUGUGUGUGUGUGUGUGUGUGUGUGUGUGUGUUUGUGUGUGUGCAUGCGGGGAGCAUGUGACCUUUGGGAGCACCUGUGUGUGUGCCCGAGGUUGGGUAUGUGUCUGGGAGUAGGGACGCAUGUGUGUGAGUGAGAACCUGGAUGAGUGUGAGAGGGACUGAAUUUGCAUUUUUUUAAUCAAAAGCUUAAUAUAUUCCUAUUUUUUAUUUUUAGUUAACCCUUUCUUGACUGCGAGUGCUGUGAAUCUCUUUUCUGAUUUCUCUCUUCCCUUUUGAACAAUAAUUAAAUGUGAUUAACUUAAGCCCUCAA